CCUCUUAGGUUUGGGGUAGGGGAUCGCCGGACAGCGCCUGGCACGUAGCGAGCGCUCUCUGAGCUCACUAUUAUUUCGGUCUAACGUAGAAGGAGAAGCGCCCGGGAGGAGGCGGGCCGCGCCGCCGGGUCACCGCCCCUGGGACCGCCAUCCGCACCCGGGACGCACGGCCGCGUCCUGUCCGCGCCGCCGGCUGCCAAUAAAGUUGCAGUUGAAGCCAGGCCGGCGGAAGUGCCGUAAUCCGCACCGGAAGGAGUGCCGUAAUCCGCCCCGCGACCACCGUAAAAGCGCCGGUUACCCGUAGCGACAGGCAACGCGGGGCAGAUGGCGGCGUUGGGGAUCGCGGAGCCGUCGGGCCCGGCAGAGGCGGCGGAGGCUGUGGAGCUGGGCCGCACCCUGGGCCGCCUGCUGCCAGGGCUGGAGGCCGACAGCAAGCUGGGGCGGCGGCGCGCCCUGGAGGCCCUAAGGCGCGAGCUGGAGGCGGUGCGGCCCGAGUCGCCCGGCGCCGCCGACGCCGCGGCCUUCCAGGGCCCGUGGGCGCGCCUGCUGCUGCCGCGCCUGCUCCGCUGCCUGGGCGACCCCGCCGAGGGCUGCCGCGCGCUGGCCGCGCACCUGCUGGACCUGGGCCUGCGGCGCGCCGCGCGGCCCCAGGACGCCCUCCCGCGCCUGCUGCCCGCGCUCGCCGCGCGCCUGGCCGGCCCGGAGCCUGCGCGCCGCCCGCCGCCCGAGGCUUGCGAGGAGCUGCGCCUGGCGCUCGUGCAGCUGCUCGGCCUCGCCGUGGACCUGGGCGGCGCCGCGCUCGCGCCCUACCUGGACGACGCGGUGCGCGUGCUGCGCUGCACGCUACUCGACCCCUUCGCCGCCGUGCGCCGCGAGAGCUGCCAGUGCGCGGCCGCCCUCGCGCGCGCCACGCCAGACCACUUCCACAUGCAGUCGGAAUCCCUGAUCGGCCCCCUAAUGCAGACCAUCUCCCACCAACACUGGAAGGUUCGCGUGGCUGUCGUCGAAGCCACUGGCACAGUGAUCCAAUUCGGAAACGGGAAGUCUGUGGAUGAUGUGCUUUCUCAUUUUGCUCAGCGGCUGUUUGACGAUGUUCCUCAGGUGCGGCGGGCAGUGACCUCUGUGGUGGGCGGCUGGCUCUUGGACCUGCGGGACCGCUACUCCUUCUUCCACAAGCUCAUCCCUCUGUUGCUGAGCAGCCUCGACGACGAGAUCCCCGAAACCGCGGAGCUGGCUUCCAGCCUCUGGGAGAAGGUCGGCCUGCAGUGGCAGAAGGAGAACGAGGAGGAGCUGAAGGACAAGCUGGACUUUGCCUCCCCUCCUCCGCCCCACUACCCUCAGCAAGAGAAUCGCCCAGUGCUGGGCUGUCGGGAGCUUAUUUUCCGAAACCUCUCCAAGAUCCUUCCAGCCGUCUGUCACGACGUCACCGACUGGGUGGCCGGCACCCGGGUCAAGGCCGCACAGCUGCUGGUGGUGCUGCUGCUGCACGCAGAGGACCACACCACGCAGCACCUGGAGGCCGUGCUGAGGGCCCUGUGCCGGGCAGGGGCUGAUGAGGAGAGCGCCGUGCUCAGCAGCUGCACCAGGGCAGCAGAGCUUGUCGGAGUGUUCGUCAGCCCACAGGUGUCUCUGAAGCUGAUCUUGUCGAUGCUGAGACGGUCGCCCACUCCCUCUGGCCUCCUGGUCCUCGCAGCAGUCAUCCGCGGCUGCACCCGUGACGCCCUCCGGCCCCAUCUGAAGAUCAUUGCCGGGGAGCUCACCCAGGCACACAUCUGCCACGCGUCUGAGAACAAGCUUUACUUGGAGCGUUUGCUGUCUUGUGUACAAGCUUUAAUCAAAGUGGGUCGGGAAGACUGUGGUGAGUCCGGCUUGCAGCUCCUGGAGGUGCUGGUGACUCUCCUGGCCAUCUCAGGGGGCACGGACCUGGACGCGAAGGUUGAGGAGACAGUGGAUGCAUUGGCCGCGGUGGAGAAUGUCGCUGGCAGCCAGGGCCUCUUCCGGAAGCACCUGGGCCCACUGAUGGAGCGGCUGACGCCCUCGCAGGGUGACUGGACCAUAUACUCGCCCGAGCUCGCACAGUUCAGCGUGGUGGUCACGCAGGCAGGCCCCGUCUUGGGCGAAGCUCUUCAGGACGUGGUCCCCACGCUCAGGACCUGUCUUCAGCCGACCAGAGACCCUCAGGUGCGCCUCAGGCUUCUCUCCCUCUUCUCCAAAGUGCUGCUGGGAGCCAAGGACACUGUGGACUCGCAGGGGCAGUUUCACAGCUACCUCGAGACAGUGGUAAAAGACAUGCUGGCUCCGAACCUGCAGUGGCAUGCGGGGAGGACCGCCGCCGCCAUCCGCACGGCCGCCGUGUCCUGCCUCUGGGCUCUCAUCAGCAGCGAGACCCUGUCGGCCAAGCAGGCCCUGGAAGUGCAGGAAAUGCUGAUGCCUCAGGUCCUCAGCACCCUGCAGGAAGAUUCUCAGGCCACGCGGCUGAUGUCAUGCUGCAUUGUGAACGCCUUCCUGAAGAGCUCAGGCGGCGUGACCCACCCAGAAAAAUUCAUCAAGAUUUACCCCGAGCUCCUGAAACGCCUGGAUGACGUGUCCAGCGAAGUGAGGGUGGCAGCUGCCGCCGCCUUGGUCACGUGGCUGAGGUGUGUCAGAGAUGGCGGUGGAAAGUCGACCUACCAGGGAGACAUCGAGUACCUGUACCGAGAGCUCCUGGUCUACCUGGACGACCCCGACUGCGCCGUCCAGGACGCCGUGUUGGAGGUCCUUGAGGAGGGCAGCACCCUGUUCCCCGGCCUCCUCGCGCGGGAGGCGGAGGCCGUGCUCCACAAGCACCGCUGCCCCGACCGCUGCCAGCAGCUCCUGCGUCACCUGCAGGCGCUGGCGGCUGCCCGCUGAGGGCCCCGGGCACCCGGCGUCCGGCACCCGAGGCCACAAGCAAGACCGUGAGGCAGGAGGCGUCCGAGCCAGAACCAACGGUGGCAGCUUCCACUGGGCCCGGGCUGCCUCGACCCUGAGGAAGCCAAAGCAGAGGAGAAAGUGUUUCACCCUUAAGGCCUCAGCAAAGCGACGAAAGGGAGCCCGGAGCCCCAGGAGCUGGCGUUAGGGGAGUUUUCCCAUUUUAAAAUUUCUGGCAUCUAAAGUGUUAUGAUAAGGUCACUGUUUUUCUUAAGUCAGUAAGGCUAACUGUGGAAAGUAGCGUGUUUGAUCAUAUGAUUUUGGUUGCUCUCCUGUAACCAGCAGUGAAGCUGUAUUUUAGUCUCUAACCGUUUCAGCACCCAAGUGCCUAAAUGACCCAGUCUCAGGGGCAUUGGUUCCACAGGCCAGCACUUGAGGCAACACAAGGAAAAAGAUGCUGUGUGUACUUUCCAACAAUCAAAUAUUAACAUUUAUGCUUUGGUGUUUGAAAAUUUAAUUAAAAUAUUUAUAAUUUU